AUGGAUAAUGUCUGUUUCCAGCAAAGGCUACGAGGUAAUUCACGUGAUAUUAUUGAUAUUUUGAGUGUGUGCUAACUUGCUAUUAGACAGCUAAUAAGUAGGAGAGACAGAAUGGAGAAGCUAAUAACAGAUUGAUAAAUUAAUCCGUCUGUUCUAAUGUUUAAAGUGUCACAGCAAUUUUUUGACUAGGAUACGUUUUCAAGUGUUCCGAAGUUGAUGAGCUUACAAGAAACAGAAACUGCAUGCUUCUUUCGGUGAGCCUAAUGCGAUUUUCUACCAGAAUACCCCCUUAAUUUGUGUGUACUUGCCCCACAAAAAACGUUGAAGUUGAGUUCCUUCUUUUUCGUGCUCAUGCACAUUUGUGUCCAAGUAUACUUUUCCGGUUCUUGAGAAACUAUGAUAAGAAUAGAUGGUUCUGCCCAUACGUGGCAUUCCAUAUACUAUCGAAUGUUCAAAUUGGCAGUUAUACAGCAGUUCUGUUAUCAAAUCACAUCAUGUAAUGAUUUUCUUUCCUCCUACACUUUUCGACAGAGUUGGAAAGAAAGGCGAGAAAGGGGGCAAAGUAAAGUAUCAGUCAACACUUCCAGUUGAGAUUGGAGACAUUUGUAUUUGUUUAUGGUUAGCGAAGUGGUCUUCAGACAUGUCGGGUCGCUUACAUCGUGUGAUACAAGAGUUGUCUUUCAGAUCUGGAAACGAGGGUCCGAAAAUGGCGUUUCUUGAAGUUGGGCCUGACUGAGGUCCGUUUGCGGCCUCGUGACCGACGUUCCACUUCAGUCGAUCAGAAGCACAAAGGUAUGUACUAAAAACAGCCGGAGUCUGCCGUCGCUCUUUCCAAUGCCUACCAAUUUCCGUUGCAGAAUGCUCGUCUACAUCAUCCAGUCCCCAACACCAACGACCGAAUAACAUUGGUUAUUUGACGAGUCCUAUGGAGAGAAAAUGUGGGGGAGGACGAAGAAAUCGGUCGAUUUUGUGUGAAUUACGGCAAUUUUUCAGUCACGCCGCUCUCGAUGAAACCAUCACCAUCCAGAAGAGAUACAGAGAAAGAUGCGCUCGAGUUUGAGUUUUCAGAAGGCUGUAAGAAGUCAGGAGUGUUGGACAUUGAUGGUACACACACAUUUCCCGAAUUUGAAAUGUCCAUUAAAAAAGCGUUUUUCUAGGAACGAGUCAGUCUGUGGACCCGAACGAAAUCAAUAUCAUUGGCCUACUAGGAAGUGGCUCGUGUGGCGUCGUUGAAUCUGCCAUUGUGCGCUCGAAAUUGAUGGCUGUGAAGGUGAGAAUUAUUUUGUUUUGGAGCCCUGUUUAAUGGAUCACAAUAAAUCUCCAACUCCCAGCCUGCUAUUUCGUUUGCCACUAGAGCUGGGCCGUCGAAAUCGUUGCAUACCAAAUUGGUCUCCCGUUUUUAGUGGGUUAUUCUCGAGUGGGCGACUGCUCGCGGAGCAUUAGAAAUUCCAUUGUUUUUCAUUGAUCCAAUUGACAAUGCAAAGGGAAAAAAGAUUCGUCGGAGGGGUGCUCUUGAAACGCAACAAAAACAUGCUCACAAAUCUGCCGAGAAGUAAUGAGAUUGAGUGGAACAGCACGUCUUUUUUGUUGUAUGUGUGAAAAGGAAAGGGGAAGUUGAAGUUGAAAUUGAAGUGAUGAAUUGUGCCCCAGAGAUGAUACAUCUUGACCCUUCAACUCAAUCUUCUUCAGACCAUGUACAAGAAUGACAAUAAGGAAAACUUGAAACGAAUUCUUCGCGAUGUUCGCAUUAUGUCCCUUUGCAAUUCUCCGUUCAUUGUCACCAGUUAUGGGUAUUUUAUGUUCGAUGUAAGUUUCCAUUGAUAUUAACAAAAAGCAGUUUCCAUUUUCAGUCAUCUGUGAAAAUUUGUAUGCAAAUCAUGGCUGCCUGCUGCGAGAAGCUGUUGAGGCGAAUUUAUCAUUCCAAAUUGGAAUUCUUUCCGGAGUUUGUUGCUGGCCGUAUUAUCUACUCAGCAAUAAGCGCAUUGGAUUAUCUCAAAGAGAAUCAUGUGAGAUCAAAAGGUGUAAUGAAUAAAGGUGCUUACGGAUUUAUAUUUGCAGUCGAUUAUCCACCGCGACAUCAAGCCGUCUAACAUCCUCUUUGACGACUGCGGAAAUGUGAAGCUGUGCGACUUUGGGAUAAGCGGUUUCAUGACAAACUCGAUGGCGCACUCGAAAAGUGCAGGCUGUCCUCCUUACAUGGCACCCGAAAGAUUAACGGUCGAGGUGAAAGCUGAAUUUAUCUUCGAAAAGUUGAACUAAGAUUUUAGACGAACUCAAAAUACGACGUUCGAAGUGACGUUUGGUCGCUGGGAAUUACGGUUUAUCAGCUGGUAACUGGAAUUUACCCAUUUCCACUGCACGAUUUGGAGUUUACUACCCUGACAAUAAUAGCCAACAUGAAUCUGCCUCCACCAAGUUUAAGAGGGGAAGUAAGAUAAGGAACUUACUUUCAGCCAUUGAACAAACAUUUAUAGACAACAUGCCGGUUCAGCUCUGUAUUCACAAACUUUUUGGAUUUAUGUCUGAGGAAGAAUGUGGACAAGAGACCGGAAUAUAAGGAAUUGAUGGUUUGGAGGACAACUAACUCAGUCUGAGACGUUAACUUUUUGAAUUUCAGAAGCACGACUUUUUCCUAGACUAUGAUCCUUCAGAUAAAAAUAGAUGCAAGAUUAAAAAGGUGAGCUAUUUAAUUAAUGUACAUUUACAUAUACAAGUUGAUUUCAGGUAAACGGCAGCAGCGGCAAUGCAGUGUCCCUCUGGUUCAGCGAUAUAAUCAGACGGUCCAACUCGGAAGACGAACUGAAACCAAUUCCGAAUACGCCGUGUGUCAACUAA